AUGCAGGUAUCCACGUUUUGGCCAAAAUUUGCUAAACAUGGAAAAGCUGAUGUUACAAUUCGAGAUGUGCUUGACCAUAAGGCCGGAUUGGUGUCGUUUGGACCCGAGUUUGGCAUAGAAGAUGCUAGGAAGUCAGAAUUGAUCUCAACUUUGAUAGAAGAGGCGGUCCCCUUAUGGACACCUGGCACGAAACGAGGUUACCAUGCACUUUCCUAUGGAUUUCUAGUCGAUGAAGUGAUAAAACGCCUACAUCCACAGAAGCACAGCGUUUCGCAAAUUUAUGAGGAUGAAGUCUGGAGUGAAGCUGUUACCGAACUGCCUCUGAUAAGCUGUAUGGGAGUUGGAACUGCGGAAGGCUUUGCAAAAGCAAUACAUCAAAAAGGACUAAUUUCUAACGAAGUCUGGAAGUCACUAUGUUCGCCAACGACUAUAGACGAGGAAGACAUCGUGCUGUCGCAUAGGAAACCCUUCGGGCAUGGUUUUACGUAUGAACCACAUCCCGUUUAUAAAGGAAACGUAUCCGAAGGUUUCAGUAAUUUACACAGUGCUGCUAAGUUUUUCUUAAUUCAUUCAAAUAGGAGUGGAUUAUACGAAUGGUUGGGAAUGGGCUACAAGUGGUCGAAGUGGACAGAAGAAACG